GCCCAUGCUUCCCUUUCUUUAUGGUUUUCUCCGAGGAAAGAGCAAUCUCACGCUGCUCCACAUUCUCUCUCCCUUUCUCUCUCUCUUCUCUUUCUCUCUCUACGUAUAUUUAUAUAUAUAUAUAUAUAUAUAUAUAUACACACACACAGACAGCAUUAUAUCUAUCUCAGAAAUUGAUAAAAACAGUUAUCCAAACCCAAAUAGACGACAGAGAGAGAGAGAGAGAGAGACAGAGACAGAGGAGACACAAGAGAUAUGCCUUCUUCGCUUCAACUGCAAAGAAUCAACACCACACACCAAAUCGCCACCGCCGGCGGCAGCGGCAAGCAAUCCCAAACCGCGUUGGCGAUGCUCACGCGCCGCGUCCUGCUGGCUUGCUCGGUGCCCGAAACGGCCGCGCAAUACCACACCCACACGUUGGGGCCCAACCAGUGCUGCUCCGCCGUAGUGCAGACCAUCGCGGCGCCGGUGUCCGCUGUGUGGUCCGUCGUCCGCCGCUUCGACCAGCCCCAAACGUACAAGCACUUCCUGAAGAGCUGCCAGGUCAUCCUCGGGGACGGCGACGUGGGCACCCUCCGGGAGGUGCGCGUGGUGUCAGGGCUGCCGGCGGCGACGAGCACGGAACGGCUGGAGAUCCUGGACGACGAGCGGCACGUGAUGAGCUUCAGCGUCGUAGGCGGGGACCACCGGCUGUCGAACUACCGGUCUGUGACGACGCUACACCCUUCUUCGCCAGCGGGGAACGGGACGGUGGUGGUAGAGUCGUACGUGGUGGAUGUGCCAGCGGGAAACACGAAGGAGGAGACUUGCGUGUUCGCCGAUACGAUCGUGCGGUGCAACUUGCAGUCGCUGGCUCAGAUCGCCGAGAACUUGGCCAAGACCAACCACAAAUUGUCGUGAUUUAAUUUCUCCAUUAAAUUCAUGUCGGGCGGAAUCGUUUGUGAUUAAUUUUGUGAUGUGGGUCAGAUCAGAUCGGCGAUAGCUAAUCAUCCCAAAUCUAUAGAAUCAGAAAAUUUUAUGGCAUCAUCUUCGGAUCGAUGAUCGAGCCCUUCA